AUGGCCCGCGCGCCCCGGGGGGCAGGGGUGCCGCGGCGCGGACGGGCGAGCGGGCCGCGUGGGGGGCGGGGGCCUCCCCGGGCGGCGGCCCCGGAGCGCUCGCUGCGCCGCGGGCAUCCCGAGCGGCUCCGCCCGGAGGCCGUGGCGCGGAGGCGGGGAGGGCGGCGGGGCUCGCCCGUCCUGCAGCUGCGGGUCUGGGACUCCCGGGACACCCCCCCCCCCGCCCCGCCCCGGCGGCUCAGGCGCUGGGCUCCGAGGACGCGCGGCGUGCGCGGGGACGGCCUGGUGCCCCCGUCCCGGGGGAGGCCGCGCGGGGGCGUCCACAGCAGGUCCCGCGAAGGUGCGACUGAGCCACAAACUUUUGCCGACUCCCGCGGCCGCCGCCGCCCGCAGCCCGACUCCAGCCGCGGUGCUCAUUUAAGGUGGCGCGGGCACCAGCCGAGCAGGCCGAGCUGCGGCCGCGCUUUUGUCCCUGAGGUCCCCGCUAGGGCGCCGGACCUCCUUAAAGAAAAGCACGUGGGCAGGGGCCGCGGCCCCCACGAGGCGCCCGGGGCGCCGGCUCACACUCGCGGUCCUGACCUGUGGCGGGAAAAUGAGGCCGCGUCCCCGCGCGCCUGGAGGCCGGCGAAGCCCCUCUGCUGGCGGCACCUCCAGUCCCCACCGCGCACCGGGUGUCUCUCCCCUAAACCCCCGCACCCGGAGGACUCCCCACCAUCGCGCCGCCUGCGCCGCCGGUCCCCCUUAAGAAGUAUUGGCUGUACGGCGGCGCCAGAGGGCCAAACUCCAUUCGGUUUGGGGAAACGCGCUCCUAGGGUAAUUCUGGAAAGCUUGGGCCGGUGUACCGACAGCGGGGAGCCGCGGCCGCCGAGGGCGCCCGGAGGUAGGCCGCCGGCCCCCUCGCCGCACCUACCCGGUGGCCGGCGUGCGCGCAGCCGUCCCCUCCAGAGCCCAGGCCUGGGAGGCGGAGGAGCCUCUGGAAGAGAAAGGGUCCCAGAAACUAAACCUGCCCCGGCCUAAGGCUCAGCGCCCCGCUCGCGGAGCAGCCCGCACCCAGGCGCCGCCCACCAAGGUCCUAGGGAGCCCCAGGCGCCCCGGGAGGCGGUCGGAGCCCAGCCGGGAAAGGAAGCCAGCUCGAUAGAGAACCUUCGGGGAGCCACCCUGCGAGCUCUGGGCUGCACGUUCUCUUCCCUGUGCUUUUAUCCCCCAAACCCCAUCUCUCCCUCCAACCUGAACGGACGGGUUAGAGAAAAUGCACAAUUCGAAGGCGGUGAGAACAAAGUGGCUCGAGUAAACCAACUCGUGGGGGUAGCUAAAAGGUUUUUGGCUGCAAAGAACCAAACUAAUCCUCCUCCGGAUCAGUGUCCAGGAACUUAGAAGAAAUGGUGCUAUUAGGACUUCAGUACUUCUG